AUGGCCGACAACCCUCAGUCACCGCUCAAGCACGAGGAAUCGGCGACGACGCGAGAAGAGAUGGACUUUGACGAUAAUGACCACGAUCAAGCGCCGAGUCCCGUGUCUCCCAUUGAAGCCGAGCCUCCCAUCGGUGUCACUCCCUCCAAGAAAGUCUCGUUCCAAGAGACGGCAGAAGAAGUCGCUCCACCAAAGCCCCCGCGGCCGCUGAGUCCGCAACAGCAAGCCGAGCACACGCUGAUUGAAGCUUUUCCCACCAUCGACACCAAAGUCGUCAAAGCCGUUUUGAUGGCCAGUGGAGGCCAGGUGGAGCCGGCAUUCAAUGCACUCCUCGGCAUGAGUGAUCCGGACUUCACGCCCGAAACACAGGCACCCCCGCGUCAGCCUCCGCGCCCAACUCAACGAGCUCCAAUGUCGCAACUGGAGGCCGAUGAGCAGUAUGCACGACAGCUGGCAGAGCAGUACAACUCAGGUGGAGCACGCUCACAAACAAGGUACAACCAGCGGGAGCCAGCUCGACGUGGACCAAACUUGCAACCUCGCCCUGCAUACGGUGACGACGAAGACCGCAAUUUCUUCGACGACGACCUUCCCGAGAUUGGCAGGAACAUCCAACAAGGCUUCGUGGAGACGCAGAAGAAGGUGAACAGCUGGUUCACGAAUUUCCGAAAGAAGAUUGAUGGGCAGGACGAAGACGAGGACGAGGACGAUCUGUAUUCUGCCUCGCAAUCCAACAGUCGAAAAAACACCGGUGGCCUAGCCCCAGGCCGCCAGAACUUCGGCGCCAGCCAAAGCGAGCAGCUCUACGGGAUUCAGAAGCAGGCAGAAGCGCGGCAACGUCAGAGCACCGAAGCCAGCAGGUACGACGCCGACCCACACGAGAUGGGUGCCGACGAUUUCGAGCGACUUGAGCUGCGCGACGACGACACGGCACCUGGUCUACCCCCGCGCACAUCCAGUCGCAAGACGGCGAAUCCGGACCUGUUUAAAUCGGCCGCCUCCAAGCCGCCGCAGUCGGGGCCGGUGGACGAGGUGGAGGCCGUCGGCGAUCCUGCGGACGCGAAGGCGCGCAAAUGGCAGCCGUUGACGUCCGUCGCGCCGCAUCCGGAAGAGGACAACGAUCCGUUCAGUCUGGGCGAUGAUGACGAGGACAAGGGCGAGGAUUUGAGGAAGGAGGAUAGUAACAGGUUGAAGGAAGCGGCGCGGAAUAGUAUCAGUGGGCCAGCGCCAGCGAAGCAAUUGGAGGAGAGCGAGAGGAGCGGAAGCAAGAAUUUGGAGGCGGAGGAGCUGUUGAGCGGGAAGAAGGAGUAA